AUGCGCGAGCUGUACAAUGCGCAUGUGGACCAAGUGCACGAGCUACACUCUUCAAUGCUGGAAGAAGCGCCGCGGCGGCUCGCCGCGAUGGAAGACUAUGCCGAGGAAGAGCUCCGGCUGGCGCGCGGCUUUGUCGACGACGUCGCUCUCAUCUUUCGGUUCCUGAGGCGCGCGCGCUUCGAUACAGAAAAUGCGCGAAACAUGCUGUACAAGACGCUGCAGUGGCGGCUCGAGGCCGACAUUGACGACCUCGCUACGGACUUGCUCCAUUCGCAGUACAUUAGCGGCACGGCCAACGGCAUCCCCCUCUUUUGGAUCCACUCGCGCUUCCGCGACAGGAUGGGGCGCCCGUGUCUGUACGUGCGCCUGCAGCAGGUGGAGCGCGCGCCAGACGGACUGCGCGACCUCAAGACGAACAUUAUUGCGAGCAUGGACGUCAUGCGGCGCUACCUGCGCAAGGUAAACCGCCGCGCGCCACGCGCUGCGCCGGUGCUCCAGGGCGUGCUGGCGAUCGACGUCGCAGAGUCGGGCAUCUCCAACUUUGAGCUCGAGCUGCUCCCCUUCCUGGUGGACCUGCUGAAGAACCACUACCCCGGCCUCUUUGGCACGGUGUACGUCCUGCACUAUGGCUGGCUCCAGUCGGGGCUGUGGCGCAUGCUCAAGCCCGUGCUCCCGCCCAAGCUCCUCGCGCGCAUCAUGUUUGUCAGCGACGCGGACCUGAGGCAACAAUUUGACGUGGCGCUCCCGAAAGUGCUCGGCGGCUCGCUCAACGUGCCGAUCAAGCCGGACACGAGCGACAUCUUUAACUACUACGCACGCUCCGCCGCAUGGCGGAAGGACGAGGGCGCAGAAAACGAGCCGGUGCCGCCGGCACUCCGCGUGCGGGGGCCCGACUUUGAAAGUAUCUACGACGUAAUGUCGCGCGUCGGAUCGCCCUUUGCCUCGCAGCCGAUGACGCCAAUGACGCCAAUGACGAGCAUGCCCGGCACGCCGCGCGUCCGUGCGUCGUCCUCGCCACAGCUUGUCGGCACGGCCGCCGCGACGCAGCUCGACGAGCGCCACGCUUCGUCGCGCCGCCACCGCCGGCGUGCGUCGGAUCCGCUGGACAUUGGGGGCACCUUUGCCCAUACCGAGGUCCACACCGAGCCCGCCGGGCCCUCGCUGAUGCAGUGGCUCACCAACUGGAUGCAGCCCCGUGCGUCGAAUGCGUCGCCCCCGCGCACGCCCGCCGCGCAGGUGGACACGGCCAGCAUCCCCCGCCUCGAGAUGCCCGGCGCGCUGACGCCCCGUGCACGCACGCCCGAGACCGAAAUGCCGCCGACCUAUGCGAACGCCGAGAACAAUACCGUGACGCGGUACCUGUCGUGGCGUGCGCACAAGUACGCGCAAAUGGACGGCCACGUCUCGCCGUACAACAUCGAAAACCCCUACUUUGGAUACCCCGCCGCAUACGUCGAAUACGACGAGCCGACCGACGCGGCAAGCACCACGACGAGUGUCGUGAACGUCACCGACGCAAGCACCCAGUCGGGCCUCUCGCGGCAGCUGCGCGUGCGGCGGCGCAAGCGCGACUUGCUCCGCACGCUCGCCUACCUCUUUGUGCUGCGCCUACUGAAUGCCUACCGCCACGUGCGGCGGAACGCCGGCGUAGUGUACUGGAUGGUGGUCGGCGAGCGGACGCGCGAGAGUGUGUCGCGCGCCGCGUGGCGCUCUCUCACGCGCACUGCCAGCGACACACGCGCAAACCUCGCCGGUCUCGCGCACAUGCGCAUCAUACGUGCGCUGUUCGUAGUGGGCGUGCUCUUUGCAUUGCGCCUUGCGCCCACCCAGCGGCUGCGGGGUGUGAUGCAAGGCAGAUCUAGUUAG